AUGGCCUUCGGGUAUUGUGUUUUUGAACUGUACGAGGAGGACGCUGUGGGCGGAGGCUGUGGGCGGAGGCUGUGGGCGGAGGCUGUGGGCGGAGGCUGUGGGCGGAGGCUGUGGGCGGAGGCUGUGGGCGGAGGCUGUGGGCGGAGGCUGUGGGCGGAGGCUGUGGGCGGAGGCUGUGGGCGGAGGCUGUGGGCGGAGGCUGUGGGCGGAGGCUGUGGGCGGAGGCUGUGGGCGGAGGCUGUGGGCGGAGGCUGUGGGCGGAGGCUGUGGGCGGAGGCUGUGGGCGGAGGCUGUGGGCGGAGGCUGUGGGCGGAGGCUGUGGGCGGAGGCUGUGGGCGGAGGCUGUGGGCGGAGGCUGUGGGCGGAGGCUGUGGGCGGAGGCUGUGGGCGGAGGCUGUGGGCGGAGGCUGUGGGCGGAGGCUGUGGGCGGAGGCGGACGCUGUGGGCGGGGGCGGACGCUGUGGGCGGGGGCUGUGGGCGGGGGCGGACGCUGUGGGCGGGGGCGGACGCUGUGGGCGGAGGACGACGCUGUGGGCGGGGGCGGACGCGGGCUCUGUGGGCGGAGGCGGACGCUGUGGGCGGGGGCGGACGCUGUGGGCGGGGGCGGACGCUGUGGGCGGAGGCGGACGCUGUGGGCGGAGGCGGACGCUGUGGGCGGAGGCGGACGCUGUGGGCGGGGGCGGACGCUGUGGGCGGAGGACGACGCUGUGGGCUCUGUGGGCGGAGGCGGACGCUGUGGGCGGAGGAGGACGCUGUGGGCGGAGGAGGACGCUGUGGGCGGAGGAGGACGCUGUGGGCGGAGGAGGACGCUGUGGGCGGAGGAGGACGCUGUGGGCGGAGGAGGACGCUGUGGGCGGAGGAGGACGCUGUGGGCGGAGGAGGACGCUGUGGGCGGAGGAGGACGCUGUGGGCGGAGGCGGACGCUGUGGGCGGAGGCGGACGCUGUGGGCGGAGGAGGACGCUGUGGGCGGAGGAGGACGCUGUGGGCGGAGGAGGACGCUGUGGGCGGAGGAGGACGCUGUGGGCGGAGGAGGACGCUGUGGGCGGACGCUGUGGGCUCUGUGGGCGGACGCUGUGGGCUCUGUGGGCGGAGGAGGACGCUGUGGGCGGAGGAGGACGCUGUGGGCGGAGGAGGACGCUGUGGGCGGAGGAGGACGCUGUGGGCGGAGGAGGACGCUGUGGGCGGAGGAGGACGCUGUGGGCGGAGGCGGACGCUGUGGGCGGAGGCGGACGCUGUGGGCGGAGGUGGACGCUGUGGGCGGAGGCGGACGCUGUGGGCGGAGGCGGACGCUGUGGGCGGAGGCGGACGCUGUGGGCGGAGGCGGACGCUGUGGGCGGAGGAGGACGCUGUGGGCGGAGGCGGACGCUGUGGGCGGAGGAGGACACUGUGGGCGGGGGCGGGGGCUGUGGGCGGAGGAGGACACUGGGGGCGGAGGACACUGUGGGCGGGGGCGGGGGCUGUGGGCGGAGGAGGACACUGUGGGCGGGGGCUGUGGGCGGAGGAGGACACUGGGGGCGGAGGAGGACACUGGGGGCGGGGGCUGUGGGCGGAGGAGGACACUGGGGGCGGGGGCUGUGGGCGGAGGCGGACACUGUGGGCGGAGGAGGACGCUGUGGGCGGAGGAGGACGCUGUGGGCGGAGGCGGACGCUGUGGGCGGAGGCGGACGCUGUGGGCUCUGUGGGCUCUGUGGGUGGAGGAGGAUGCUGUGGGCUCUGUGGAUGGAGGAGGAGAGCAGCAUCAAUCUGUUGAAUAG